AUGUCUGCACCCAACCCUAGGAAACGAGCAGCACCGGGAGCAUCGCCUAUCGUGCCCAUACCGCAGCAAAUGCAACCACAAUACAACGCUGGAAACGGGGCGGGCAAUCAGGGACCGCGAUGGACUGGAAUGGACCCCUCGAACUACAUGAAUGUAGUGGACGGCCUCAUGGACGAGAAUGAAAACCCGUUUGGUCUCAUUCCGGCACAGCAGCAAUAUUCCCAGCCCGUGCCGACCCCAUCAAACACAAUUGCGCGGCGGCAAAUGAAUCACGCACUUGUUCCGACAAACCAACGAAGUUUUGAUGGAGUAGUUGAGCCAUGGGGAAACUUUGCCAGUGAUGAAAACACACUACUUCAAGGAAAUUUCGAAAACCUGAACGAGCAGGACAAUGUCGAGGUGCUGGAGGAGAGGGCCCAAAAGGCAAAACGGGACGCGCAAGCCAAACGCAAGCAGAUCCCGCCGUUUGUGCAGAAGCUGAGCAGUUUCCUAGAGGAGCGCAAAAACGAAGACUUAAUCCGAUGGUCGGAAAAGGGAGAUUCGUUCAUUGUGCUUGAUGAGGACGAAUUUGCCAAGACUUUGAUCCCGGAGUUGUUCAAGCACAACAACUAUGCCUCUUUUGUUCGACAACUCAACAUGUAUGGCUUCCACAAACGCGUGGGGCUGUCAGACAAUUCAAUGCGAGCCAGUGAACGCAAAAACAAGAGCCCAAGCGAAUACUCCAACCCUUAUUUCCGACGAGGGCACCCGAAUCUUUUGUGGCUGAUCAACAAACCCAAAAGUGGGAGCAAAGCCAAGAAGGGCUCAAAGGGUGCCGAGGGGGACAAUGACAGUGAAGACGACGUUGCCAACGAGGAGGUACUUACCUCUGGGCUGGGACCUACUGCUGCUCAACCUCCUCGCUCUUUGCCGGCAGGUGAAUCCCAACCAGCACCCAAGAAAGAAAUGGGCCUUAUUCGUGAAGAGUUGAGUAAGGUCAGGGAUCAACAGAAGCUCAUUCUCGGCGCAAUAAACCGUCUGCAGCGGAACAACACUGAACUGUAUAACCAGGCUCUCAUGUUUCAGACCCAGCACGACCGUCACCAGAAUUCUAUCAACGCGAUUCUCAAUUUCCUAGCCAAUGUGUUCAGGAAAACACUGGAAGACCAGGGCAAUUCGCAAAAUGUCAGCGACAUCAUCUCGAUGAUAACGAAUCAAAACCAGCAGUCUGCCCAGCAUGGAAGUGUGUUUGAGCUAGGCGAUUACAUCCAACAGAUGAAUCCCAAUCCAUACGGGACUCCCAAGAAGGCUAGGGGUCUUUUGCCAGCACCUCAGCAGAACAACCGCGCCCAGGCAGUCAGAUCGUCUUCUACUCCGAAUAGGUCUACGCCUGGCAGUACAGCAUACCAGCCUGCCAGUCAUCAUAAUCACAACCCUGAGAUGGGUCAUGUCACGGAACUCGUCGACAACUCCCCCAGCGACACAACCACUCCCAACCUUCGCCAAGAGCUUGAGGCGAAUCCCGAGGAACGAAUGAUGAGCCUCAUCAACGAACACAACAAACACAACAACGGCCAUGGCAUGGAUAUCCCUGACGCGGCAGACCUAGUUGCCAGUGCGCCCAGUGCCUUGAACAAUGCUCAGCGAAACAGCCUGGCUAACUUCAUAGCCGGGCAGACCUCUGCUGCUCCUUCGGGCAGGUCGACUCCGGCAUCAACUCCUGUCUCUGCUACACCAAUCCCCACUCCUACACAGAUCCCCACGUCCAAUUCCCACAUGGCCAUGCCCACGAUGUCUACCUCUGCCUCUGUUUCCCCCCCACCAGCCGGUUCCGUCCCACCCCCUUCGCUCUCCUCCAUCAUGGGCCCGCCAAUGGUGCCGCCUUCUAUGAACGAGAUCAAUUCCAACUCGAUAGAACUGAACAAUCUUCAGCGACUCCAUAGCGGACAGGACGCCAAGAUAAGCGAGAUCGAUAACAUCCUGGGGCCGUUGAGUCCUUCUGGACAUGUCCCCGGCUUGAGUGAUGACACGGCAGCGUACUUCGACCCUCAGGCAACUGAUUUCGACCAACUCUUUGACAUCAGUCAGUUAUCAGGUGGCCAUGAUUUCGCCGAUGGCAGCGAUUUCGACUUUGCUAUGGACACAGACCCAAACCAUCAAAACCAAGCACCACUGCACCCAGGACAUGUGAUGUCGCACACAAGCCUUACCAAUACACCCAGUCCUGCCGGCACAGAAGAAAUACCCCGUGAUGAUUUGCGGUUAGAAAACAACCCCCCUGAUCGAGGAACCAAACGACAACGCGUCGCCUAG